CGGUUGAAAAGACAACACGAACCAGAAGUUGGAUGUUAAGCAUUUUUCUGGAGAAGUUUCUACAGAAAAGGUGUAGCAAUGUCGCGAGAUCGAGACCCUUUCCCUUUUCCCAAAUACGAGAACGAUCACACUUUCACCGGAAAUAAAGCGUGCCAGCUGCCCUAUAAAAAACCCACACACAUCGCUCAGAAUGAAGAGCCGUGGAGCCGCUUGAACGACAGCCAGACUUUAUCCAGCAUGAGGAGAAGUGUCCUGUACCAUAAAGAGGCCCCAAAAGACAGUCUGGACUUCCAUCUCAGUGCUGUUUAUGAUAACCACCUGGAUUUCCUCCUGAAGAAGAAUGAGACUUUGUUUCAGAAGGAGUCUCUGCUCACAGACCGAGGGGGUAACGAUGACGAUGCUCCAAAACAUGACAAUUAUAUGAAAAUAAGAGAGUGGGUAAACCCCCAGAGAGCUACCAUUCAUAGCACUAAGGGGGCGAUAGAGUCUCACCAUAACGCUUCAACAAACCGAGGCUACUCCAGGAAGCAUGAUGGCGGCUUUUAUUCAAUUUAAUACCGAAGUUACACCCUUUUCACUCAGACACAGCUUGCAGAAAAACACUGCCGUAAUACAAAGAAAAAGAAAAAAAGUUUUUUCGGUAGUCAUUUUUAUUUCGAUCUGAAAGUAAUACACGUACAAUACAUUCUCGUUAACUAAUGGAAAAAAACCGAGUUUAUCCACACGCGCGCGCACACACACACACACACACACACACACACACACAGGCGCACACAGUGAGAGUUAUGGUGAGGAUCAGAAUCGCCUCUAUACUCAUAGACCAGUAAAGAAAGACUGAAGGAAAUCCUCCAUAAUCCCACCGGCACUAGUAUAUCUGAUCGAUUCAUCAUUUCUAACCACAAUCUCAAUUGCGGUGCCCUGAAGCUGCUAUGCGGCUAUAAAAGCCCAACGCUCAGCGCCACGGAGGACUCACGAGUCUCUUCUUAUCAUUUCUGAAUCCGCGCAGGGCAAAAACACGGAUCAGAUCAAAUAAGAUCACGGUGUAGAUUUUUAAAUAUACUCCUAAUUAACCACUCGCACAUUCAUACAACACAAACACUCACCACUCACACACAGCACUCUCACCAGCAACACUCACACUAUAGAGUUCGUAUCCGGGUCAAGAGCCUUUUAUAGCACUCGGUUGAACUAGAUAAGCAAAAAAUGAACAGUGUCCCCUUGCGGCCAGUGUGGGGUAUAAACAACCAUAUUAUGAUAAAAUGUAGUUCAAACAUUAAUAGAUGCUUUCUAUAUCUUGAUGAAAUGUUGCUUCCUAUAGGUCAACUAGUUGUUACAAGUAAUUAUAUUUAGAAAUCUUGUGAGUUUUACUGCUAACAAGCUUCUAUAACAAAUAAAAGUCUUUCACAAACAAUUGAAUAAGAUUGGUUGAUCUUUAGUGAUAAGUUCAGGUGUUUUUGUUUGUUUGUUUGUUUUGUCAACAUGCAAACCUGAAGAGUUUGACUUUUCACUACGAUCUAAAAAUGUUAGCGUCCAGUGUCCCAAAAGGAAGAUAAAUCAAAACGCACCUCAUUCUUUCAGAGUGAAGAAAACAACCAAACAGUAAAAACAAUAAAAACGCAAUCCCACAUUUUGCCCCAUUCCCAAGAAAGAAUA